AUGUCAGGUGUUCAAGUCCAGACCUCCGUCCUCCAUGGCGCGAGGGACCUCAAGAUCGAACAAAGACAGCUCCCCGCGCUCGCGCCGGGCGAAGUCCAAGUCGCAGUCAAGGCCACCGGUCUCUGCGGCUCCGAUCUGCACUACUACAACCACUUCCGCAACGGCGACAUCUUGGUGAGGGAGCCCCUCACCCUGGGCCAUGAGUCCAGUGGCGUCGUCACCGCCGUCGCCUCUGAUGUCUCUGACCUCGCCGUCGGGGACCACGUCGCCCUCGAGGUCGGCCAGCCGUGCGAGGCUUGCGAGCUUUGCGCCGUGGGCCGCUACAACAUCUGCAAAGACAUGAAGUUCCGCAGCUCGGCAAAGGCCUUCCCCCAUGCGCAGGGCACUCUCCAGGAGCUGGUAAACCACCCAGCCAAGUGGUGUCACAAGCUUCCCGAGGCCGUCUCCCUCGAGUUCGGCGCCCUUGCCGAACCCCUCUCAGUCGCCAUGCACGCCAGAGACCGAGGCAACUUGCCCAGCAGCUCGACCGUCCUCGUUUUCGGCGCCGGCGCCGUGGGCCUGCUGUGCGCCGCCGUCAGUAAGGCCGACCAGCAGCGGGUCGUCAUCGCCGACAUCCAGGAGGACCGGGUUAAAUUCGCCCUCGAGAACGGUUUCGCCGACGCCGGCGUCAUUGUCCCCGCGCAGCGCCCGCAGACGAUUGAGGAUAAGCUGGCGUACGCAAAGGAUGUCGCGGAGCUGGUGAAGCAGGCUAAGAUUGGAGGCGAGGAGGUUGGCGAGGUGAAUGCGACGUAUGAGUGCACCGGUGUCGAGACUUGCAUGCAAACGGCCAUCUUUUCUACCCGCCCAGGCGGCAAAAUCCUCAUUAUCGGCAUGGGCACCCCGAUCCAAACGCUCCCCAUCUCCGCCGCGGCACUACGCGAAGUCGACUUUAUCGGCGUCUUCCGAUACGCAAACACAUACCCCAAAGCCAUCAACCUGAUCGCCACCAAGCCGAAGGGCCUGCCGGCGCUCGAGAAGCUGUUUACGCACCGGUACAAGGGGUUGAGCACGAUCAAGGACGCGUUUGACAUGGCCGCCAAGGUGAAGGACGAGAGCGGGAAUUUGGUAUUGAAGGUUCUUGUAGAUACAUCGAAUUAG